AUGGACUUCGACGUGCGCGCCUCUCCUGCACCUGCAGAGUCCGGACCAUGGUCGAGAGAGCCGCCAGCCGGCAGUCAGAACCACUACACCCAUCAGACUCCCGACCUGCGCCAGCCGACCAAACGCCAUCCGAACCGUGUCAAGGCCAAAGCUGCCAACCCGCAUGUCAUCUCUUCAAUUCUCGACUCGCUCGAAGACACCCUGACCCCUCUGCCCGUGGUUGAGCGCAGUGACCAGCAGUCGGACACGGCCAGCAAGCACUCUCGUCAAGACUCCUCCAAUCGCUCCGUCGCCAGCACCGCCUCCAUCCACCGCAACACUGUCUCGCCUGGCUUCGGUGUCGAGUAUGGCAAUAGCUUGUCUCUGGAUGACGAAGAGAGCGUGAGCGGCGCUGCAAUUCCUCCUACGAUCCCGACCUCGCGACCUCCAUCUGGCCUCUCCCACUACACCGCCAAACGCCGUCCAUCCUUCUCCAAAUCAAACACCACCGCCGUUUUCCGUAACCGCGCGAGCUCUCGUAGAAGCUCGUUCUCUGGAUCGAGUAUAGACCGUCCGGGCAGCAGGAGGAAUAAGUUGAGCUCGGAAAGUUGGGUGAGGAAGAAUCAGGACAGCGACGCCCGAUCAGAUAUUUCAAGAGGCAGGACACCACGGAAGAGUUUGCGGCGGGUAAGCUCGCAGGAGAUGCUCAGGUCGACAUCGCGAGAAUUUUCAUCUCAGCCCACACUUGAGGCGCCGCCAGUCUCGCUCGCGGAGAAGAUCAUUGCAAGGACACCCCCGCCAAUCUCUACGUCCAAGGGAAGACUGUAUCUUACCGACGUGACAGUUAACGAAGACCAACCGAUCGAGUCUCCAAUCUUGCCGACACCAAUCUCUCAAACACCGCCUUUGGAGCAGCGACCCAUCAUUACCACCAAGUUGUCUUCGUCGGACAGCCAGCUCUCUGUUGGUGAUGGUGGGCCCAUCGCAAAGGCUCCAAGUCCAAUCUCAGAUUCGAUCCCAACCCGGACAUCUUCGCUUCGUCAAAGUAACAGUCCGGCUGGCACCAAGAAGAAGCACAGAAAGUCGAAAAGACAUACUGUUACUCCAAGCAAGUCAGAAACGAUGAGCGUCAAGCAAAUAUCACCGUCGAUCCCGGACUCGAGUUGGAUCGAUCUAGGCGAAGAGGACGAAACGGUGAAACGUAUCAAAGAGUUGAGAGAACGCAGGAAAUCAAGACUGCAGGACUCGACUUCUUAUGCCUCUCCCAUCGAGUCACCCCAUGAAGAGACUGAUGCAAAAUGGGCCCCUGUUUAUGAGCUGUCAGCUCCACCAGCCGCAGAGCCUAAGCGAGGAUCGCGAACGCGUCCUGUAGCCAAUCGAGCUUCGACUGAGCCUGGUGCCAUCCAACACUUGCUGGGAGUCAAGGGUGAGAAGACGCAAGUUGAAGAUGUCAAUGGCGCGGCAGUGAACGGCACUAACGACGUGCGCAAUAUCCCCGCUACGAAGCGUCGGAACAGGAACUCCUUGGAACUUAAGCGCCCUGCCUCAGCGCACUACAGACCAGCAACAUCCAAGUCUGACAACUCACCCAUACCGCCGCCAUCGUUGGACUAUUCAUAUGCCAGGGCUGUCGAUCUAUUGAACAGCAUCGACUACGAUCAAGAGGAACGGAGCCGCGAAUCAUCGGAUCGAGGUUCACUCCAACUCAAAGGAUUGGAUAUUCCUCCCCCCAAGCAAAGUACGCUUGCACCCCCACCACACAAUAGAUCUGCGAAGAAACCUACCAAACGAUCGCCCUCCGAUAGGUGGACGGCCGUUCAUCCCGAUCUUCUGCUGGAUUUCGACAAGAAGAGGAAUCGACGAAAGUCGAUGAGCGAUGCGCGCCAUGCCAAGACGUUUGAAGACGUUCAAAAUUUGCAGCGAAGGGACAGCAUCGAAGAUGCUGUGGAGCAUUAUUUGAGUGACCAACGCCUGAGUCGCACUAUCAAGAGCACGUCUGGUCGCACAAUAGCCUUUUCAGAAGUGGGUGAUCCAGAGGGAGCUGCUGUAUUCGUGUGCGUUGGGAUGGGCUUGACUCGAUACGUGACUGCUUUCUUCGACGAAUUGGCGACGACCUUGCGACUGCGCUUGAUCACUCUGGACCGGCCAGGUGUCGGUGGAAGCGAUCCAUUCCCUCCCACCGACAAGAGCGGACCCCUGAAUUGGCCAGAGGAUGUUCUAGCUGUGUGUCAGCAUCUGGGGAUUGUCAAAUUCAGCAUCCUGGCUCAUUCGGCUGGAGCGAUCUAUGCAUUGGCGACAGCGCUUAUUCUCCCUCAUCUGGUGAAGGGCAAAGUCCAUCUCUUGGCGCCUUGGGUCCCUCCAAGUCAACUCGAGGCCAUCUCGCACACGGCAGCGUCGGCACCGCCAUCUAACCCACUCCCACGGAGUCAACGCUUCCUUCGCGUAUUGCCGACCCCGUUUCUCAAAGCAGCGAACUCUUCAUUCAUGACGGCGACCUCGGCAUCGUUGAAGCCAGCGACUAAGCGCAACAUCAGAACGAACGCAAAUCGAACGCCGCCCAGACGAACAUACCCCGAUGAUGGCGCAGCCAAAAGGCCCACGACCAGUGAUCGACCGGAAUACAAUCGACGUGAAUCGAUGAUGCUGAUGGAUCAGUUCAUGCCUAACACCAACCCGCUCGAGAACUUCCUCGUCCCGGUCAUCAAUGAGGAAGACAACGAUGCUUCCAUGAAACGUGGAUCUCUUGUGCUCUCUGCUACUGCAGGACCGAUGGACCCAAGUCUUGCGUACGCCACCAACGGGUUGAACGCUGCCGAACAUGCCGAACGGGAACGACAGGUCGAGUACACGAGUCGACUCACCCAGCGAACGUGGGAUCUCGCUACUCGAGACAGCAAUCCUGCGACGGAUCUACUGGUAUGCUUGGAGCGCCAUCGAGAUGUCGGCUUCCGCUAUACAGAUGUUGGACGAGAGGUUGUAAUCACCCAUGGUUCCGAGGACAAGCGAGUGCCCAUCGCCAACGUGAAGUGGCUGGGAGAACAAAUGAAUCGACGGGCUUUGGGCCUGCACUUGGACAACGAUGCGCGGGAGAGCCGCAAAAGUUGGGCUGACGCGACCGCCAAAGGAGGAUGUGAGGUGCGAGUUCUGUCAGGUGAAGGUCACGGUUUGAUGGCCAGUCCCAUCAUUAUGGGCGAUGUGUUAACUGAGAUCGCUGGGUAUUGGGUCGGUCAGCACAAUGGAAGGUUGUAA